CUACUUGAUGUUCACAUCCUAAUGGCACCUUCUCCGGCAGAGUUCAGUGACCAGCAGCAGCCGGCACCGCACAGGACUGUGCAGCCACCAGGGGUUGGAUACAUACCCACAGAUGACGAGAGAAGAGUAUUCAGAGAAUGCAAUGAGGAAAGUUUUUGGUACAGAUCUCUCCCCAUCUCUGCGGUAAGCAUGAUUGUUACACAGGGCCUUAUCUCUAGAGGGAUUCUUACAACAUCUUCAAGAUUUGGCUCUUUACCAAAAGUUGCUUUUGCAGGAUUAUGUGGAUACUUAGCAGGAAAAGUUUCUUACAUGAAAACCUGUCAGGAAAAAUUCAAGAGACUGGAGAAUUCCCCAUUGGGAGAAGCUCUGCGUCAAGGCUAUAGGAACAUACCAACACAGUAUCCAAGUGGAACAUCUGAGUUUUCUGAUGUAAACCCUAAAACUGCCUCCCCUGCUGAUGGUUUUGCAUCAAACGUGGUUGAACCUCCGUCCAGUGUGUACUCCAGUCAUCACGACUCCACCUCAGACACUGUCCCUUUCAGCACUUCUCUUGGUGAAUCUUCUCCUUCUGGGAUAUCUGAUAACAUUGCUCCAGAGCCUGCCGCACUUCUUGAAGAUACUCCAAAACGUAAACCUAUGACUUAUGAUGAACUGCGAAGCCGGAACAGAGAGACCUAUGAGAUGGCUGUGACCCAAAGAGCAGACGCUCCUGUGAGAUCCUCACAAGAUAGAGCAGCUAGAAAAGAUGUAAAGACAAACAAGUAUGGCGAUGUGUGGGAAGAGUAAAUGCUCCCUGCAAGGAACCCUCCCUCCAUUGAUUUUUGUCUUUCCCUGAAAACGAAUAAACCCUUUUAUUGACACAUAUUUUGUCAAUAAAUAUUUCUGGUGAUAAAAAGGAUUAUUACAUUACAGAUGUAAUUGUGAUUUUAUUCUCUGACCAUGCAAUUAAUGGACACAGUAAUUUAAGAUGAUGGCUAUAUUUUCAGGAUAUUAAAGUUUACUUUUUAAAAUGAA